CAAAGCCUCAAACUGUGUUCGAUUGACUUUAUAUGCAUAUAUUUCACUUCCCAAAGCUGAAAGUAUCGCUUUAAAUAUAUUCUCUGUAGCUCAAUAACACGGAACAUGCGGAACGAAGGCUUACCAGAGAUAUCACACUCGUGCUCGUCACAGUGUAAUAUAGAAAAGUCCAACACAACGGAAAACAUGUACCUCUCAAAUAAAUUGGACACAGAAACACGAAGUAGUAGUCGGAAUAGACUGUUAUCGAAGAAUGAUAAAAGCAAAGACACGUGCAAAAUGUGUAGUAAAAGUGGAUGCAAUACAGCUUGUACGUCUGCGGUCGGACAUGAGAAGUGUUACCUACUUGCAGAUGAGAAGAUAGAAAGGUUUCAUGAAGUCGCACCAAAAUGGGUGCAAAACCCGAAUGUGGUUCAAAGAAUUCUUGGGGUACAGCCUUGGACGUUGACCUCGUACUACGGUAUACAAGUGUGGGAACAGGACAACCAAUAUAUUGAGAAAUACUAUAGACUCACGGGUCCCGAUUGGGGUAAGAUCUGGCAGUCGCUAUUCUACCUACACAACCAAUCGGCCAACGUGUACAGUCACGGCUUAGCUGUGGUGGGCUUCAUGCUGCUGGGCUGGCGGGUGUGUUUCCAUUGGCUGCCACAGCUCGAGGCUACACACACAGACUUCUGGGUGUGGCCAGCCUUCUUUGUGUCGUGUUGCUUGUGCUUUGCUGGAUCCGUUGGAUAUCACCUGACAUGGUGUCACAGCUCGGAGACCUACUUCCUGGGCGGGUGCUGGGAUUGGUCCGGUAUAGUGUUGAUCUGGUUCGGGUGCAUGCACCUCCUAGUGUAUCAAGCCUUCCCCUGUGACCCGUACUUUUACGUUUUCUACACUACCAUGCUCACAGUCAAUGCGCUGGCCUUCCUGAGUCUGGUGUUCAAGAGGUGGUUCCACACUGCCAAGAAUAGAGCCUUGAGGGUAAAGCUGGUGUGCAGUCUCGGGGUGUCGACGGUCCUACCGUUGAUGCAUUACGUUUACCUCCACGGGCCUGCUGAGAUGGUGAAUCACCUGAAAAUGCACAUUCUUAUCUCCGAGGUAAUUGUCCUGUUUGUGGGUGCGUCCUUGUACGCCCAUCUUCUCCCAGAGAGUCGGUUUCCGGGUGUAUUCGACCUCAUCGGCAGCUCACAUAACAUACACCACGUCACAUCCACUGCAGCGGUGACUAUGCACUGUUAUGCCAUGUGGCAGACGCAGCUGCUGAAUGCGCAGAGGGGAUGUCCUGUGCAGAGUAUAGGCUAGAAUGACAUCCAGAUAGCGAAUAGAUGUAGUCUAAAAUGUCAUAUAGAUUGUGAAUCAAUGGAGAGAUACAAUGCCAAUAGUAGAUAUAAAUUAAAUCGAUAGAGGUCAAUGUGACCGUAUACCGUGAGGCCUGGUCAAUCACACGAGGCCAUACGCAACGGAACUAAAU